AUGCCAAUUGUAGAAGAAGUCCUAGAAGAAGCAUGUCGCCACAUUUACCGUCUUGAAGCAGCAGACAGCGCAGAUGAGAUCGAGCCGAUACCAGAUGUCCGGAACGAAGCACGAGGUCGUCAGCAGGCCGCCUUGUCCAUUAUGAAAUGUGGCCACGCCCUCGGCUUUAAGGAUGUGGGCGCCUUGCGGUGGCAGCUACGCGGGACUCCAUCUUUUAUAUGGCAAAGUGGUGAAUUGGAUAAAGCCGCUAUCAAAUUACGUCCACUUAUCGUUUCAGAUAUGUGCAUCACUUUCAACAAUGACAACUCUUGCCGCUUCUUCCCCAGCCGAUAG